AUGUCCUUCAUCCUCAGGAGACCCUUUGCGGGCUCCUCGAACGUCCUCAGACCACUCAGCAAACCUUCAACGCUUGCCCGAGCAUUCCACUCCUCCAGUCCCAAAUCGGCUCACACCUUCUCCAACCCCCGGCCGUUUGCCUCGACCUCGAAUGCACAGUCACUCUUGAAAUCCUCAGCUCUACGGAAUGGCUUCAAGCGCGGCUACCAGACACCCUCGUACCAGCCCGCCAACCCAACCGCCAGCGGAAACCUCACGCAACGACUUCUCUAUGGCGCUGCGCUGGUGGGCGGAACCAUUGUCGCCACCAAUCUCAUCUUCAACCGCGAAACACGCGAAGAUGGUGGCAUGCCGCCUUUUGAGCGGGAGUACCUGAACCAGACAUUUAUGCACACCGGCCUGGGCAUCGGAAUUAUCGCACUUGCGGCCCGGACACUACAUACGAGCGGUUGGAGUUACAGACUGAUGGCCACGAACCCGUGGUUGGUAGUCGGGUUGGGUCUUGCGGCUAGUAUUGGCACCAUGUACGGCACGAUGUACACCCACCCAGAUAACUACGUUCAAAAGUACGCCCUCUGGACAGCUUUCAAUGUCACCCAGGCUGCCAUUCUCUCCCCGCUGAUGUUCCUGUCUCCCGCCAUCCUCGCUCGCGCCGGCCUCUACACUGUUGGCAUGAUGGGUUCCAUUGCUUUCAUCGGAGCCACGGCCAAGCAAGAGAAGUACUUGUAUUUGGGAGGUCCCUUGCUGGCAGGUGUCGCCAUCGUCGCCAUCUCCGGGUUCGCGCCGUUAGUUCUCCCCGCUACGGCUGUUCGCACACUCGCCUGGACUGAGAACAUUUGGCUAUAUGGUGGCCUUGCCGUAUUUGGUGGAUUUACGCUCUAUGAUGUGCAGAAGAUUUUGCAUCAUGCUAGGAUGAGCGAGCGGGGAUUGGUGAGGAAGGACGUGGUCAACGAGAGCAUUUCGCUUGAGUUGGACUUCUUAAACAUCUUUAUUCGGAUGGCGCAGAUUCUGAGUAUGAGACAAAAUAACCGGAGAUGA